AUGAAGCUCUUGCUUACCACUUCGUACGUUGCGCGCUGCACAUCUUCUUCACACGCCUGCUGACAGCUCAGGAAUGCAAUGCGCGUAGGCUCAUCUAUACGAAGAUCUCCAACCACCAAGUCCAACACCGAAUUCAUCGAGUCCCUACGAGCCAACUUUGCCGAGCAUUCUACUGCACACGAAGGCCACGUGAACGGCGACAGUAACUCUAAAAGGGCAAGCUACCAGACCUGGACACGAAGAAAAGGCGACACCUUGGAGAUACCCGCGCUCGAUUUUGCGAAUUCCGCCUUGGCUGAAGAGAGGGAUCAAUACGAUAUUACAGUGAAGCUCUUCUACCUCCCAGGCGCGUCAAGAGAAAAGCGUGCAGCGCAAACACGAGAGGCGUUGGAUCUCGUGUUGAAAGAGUUACACGUAUCAUCAAUUGAUCUUCUGAUCGUCUCAUUUCCCGGCAUCUACUUUGAUGAGGAGGAGGACUGUCCGGACAAGAUCAACACUCGGGGACCAGUGGAAGCGGAGCCAGAGCCGCUCGAAGGCCAGCUUGAGGCAUGGAAGACUCUAGAGACCUUCUACACAGAAGGCCUCGUUCGGAAACUAGGCAUUGCAGAAUUUGGAAAGGACCGUCUUGAACAGCACCUGCAGAAGGUGCAGAUACCGCCAAGCGUGGACCAGAUCAAUCUGCGCGAUUGCUGCUCUGUGCCCAAAGAUCUGAUGGCGCUUGCCAAGAGCAAGACCGUCGAACUUCUGGUGCACAACGACAGCUCGAACAUUCUCCCCAGAGGCACCACGCGCGAGCUCUUAGGUUGUGGCGAGGGCGGUGCUGGCGUGCUAGCGGAUGCGAGUAAGUCUGGCGACAAGCGAAAGAGUCUCCACGGAGAAGAGAGUCAGAAUGGAGAUACUUCGGCUGGUCUAAGAGGAGAGGUGCAACCGCAAUGGGUAGUGAAGUAUACUGCCGUGGUUCGGAAUCGAGGCGUCGUGGAGAACAAAGGCUACUUUGCCUGUGCUGAGUUGACCGGAUGA